UUUCCCCCAUUUAUCCCCCCCCCCCCCCCUCUCGCGCUCCCACAACUCCGCUGGCCGCCACCUCUCCUCCCUCCCCCGUCGCAACGCAGCUCAGGUGGGAGAUUGGAGUACGAGUAUCUAUCCAUCCAUCUUAACCGCCACCCCUUGCAUGCUCUGCGGCGGCGGCGUGUCGAUGGUCAUGGACGCCGCGCUGCACGACUGGUGCGGGCCGCUGCCCGGCGGAUCCAAGCUGCCAAUCUACCCCCAAAUCCCCGACGGGUUCACCGCGGAGGAGCUCGAGUCGCUGCUGCUCUUCCCGUCGGACGGCGCCGACGCGGGCGCCUACCUGAAUGCCGCCGCGGCGCCGGCCCUGCUCCCGCCCCCGCCCGCCUCCGCCGGCAGCGCGUCGCCGCCGCCGCCGAGAGACGCCUCGGCCCAUUCGCCGUCUGCUGCUGCUGCGGCGGCGGGCCAGGCGCAUCCGCAGCCGGACGACUCGGAGGUGUUCUCGGACAUCGUGCUGGGCUACAUCAACCGCAUGCUCAUGGCCGAGGACAUCGACGAGAAGUUCGACCACUACCCGGCCCACCCGGCGCUGCUCGCCGCCGAGAAGCCCUUCCUCGAGAUCCUCGCCGACCAGCCGCCCUGCUCCGGCGGCAGCACGGUCGAGAGCCCCGACGGCAGCAGCGUCACCACCAGCUCCUUCAACAGCCACGGCUCUUGCAACUGCGCCGCGCCUUCCGGUGGUGGCCUCGGCGCCAUGCAGGCGCCGCCUGCUCUCGAGUUCCCCAGCGCGGAGUUCCUGCAGCCGCCGCAGUUCUACCAGGAUCUGAGCCCCGAGAGCUGCGUGGUGGAAGCAGGCGGCGCGUGGCCGUACGAUGCCAUGGAAUUCAACCCUCUUCCUGACGCGCUGCUCUCGCAGUCGUCGUCCUUCGCGUCUUCAAAUGGCAGCAGCGUUGCAUUUUCAGAGGGCUUCGAGCCGUGGCUCAGCACGGCGGCUGCUGUGCCUUCUGAUGCUGGUUUGAGCGAUCUUGUUCUGCAGAGCCAGCAAGCAGUGCAGUUCAGCCGAGGAUUUGAAGAGGGAAGCAGAUUUCUGCCUCAAGAGAGCAAGCUUGUGAUUGACAUCGACAGCUUACCGUCAGUUCGGGUUAAAGAAGAUAAGAAGGUUGUGGAGGUCAAGAGAGAGAAGGCUGAUUCUGAAGUAGCAAUUCACCGAGGAAAGAAGCAUUUCUAUGGUGACGACCUGGAUGCAGAUGAAGUGAGAUGCUGCAAGCAUUCAGCACCUGUGGUCGACGCGGAUCACCUUGUGCGGGAGAUGAUGGACAAGGUCUUGCUAUGCAACGGCGAGACAUGCUCUAGAGGUGUCAAGGAACUGCGUGAGGCCCUACAGCACGAUGUGGCAGCUCAUUCAGGUGGUGCCCAUGGCAAAGGGUCUGGCCAUGGUAAGGGCCGUGGCAAGAAACAAGUCAAACAGCCCAAGAAGGAGGUGGUCGACUUGGAGACUCUCCUCAUUCAUUGUGCUCAGUCUGUGUCCAUUGAUGACCGGCGGAGUGCAACUGAUCUCCUCAAGCAGAUCAGGCAGCAUGCAUCUGCCAAUGGUGAUGGUGACCAGCGUUUGGCGCACUGCUUUGCCAAUGGCCUUGAGGCGAGGCUUGCUGGUAAUGGAAGUCAGAUUUACAAGUUACACACCAUAUCACGGUUUGCAUGCGCUGAUAUUCUGAAAGCCUACCAACUGUACCUAGCAGCUUGCCCAUUCAAGAAGAUCUCUCAUUACUUUGCCAAUCAAACCAUUAUGAAUGCUGUGGAGAAAGCCAAGAAAGUUCACAUUGUCGACUUCGGCGUAUACUAUGGCUUUCAGUGGCCAUGUCUCAUUCAACGGCUAAGUAAAAGGCCUGGAGGCCCCCCAGAACUUCGGAUCACAGCAAUAGACACACCUCAGCCUGGUUUUCGCCCAGCAGAGCGCAUCGAGGAGAUUGGAAGAUAUCUAAGUGAUUAUGCUCAGACCUUCAAAGUUCCUUUCAAAUACCAUGGCAUCGCAUCUCAAUUUGAGGCUGUUCAGGUAGAGGAUCUCCACAUUGAGAAGGACGAGAUUCUGAUUGUCAACAGCAUGUUCAGGUUCAAGACUCUGAUGGAUGAGAGCGUGGUAGCUGAGAGUCCAAGGAACAUGGUAUUGAACACAAUAAGGAAGAUGAAGCCACAUGUGUUCAUUCAUGGGGUCACUAAUGGAUCCUAUAAUGCACCAUUCUUCGUCUCACGCUUCCGGGAGGCAUUGUUCCAGUUCUCUGCUCACUUUGACAUGUUGGAGGCUAACAUUCCCAGGGAUAAUGAGGAGAGGCUGCUCAUUGAGUCGACUAUUUUCAGUCGGGAGGCAAUUAAUGUAAUAUCUUGUGAGGGAAUGGAGAGGAUGGAGAGGCCAGAGACCUACAAGCAGUGGCAGGUGCGGAAUCAGAGGGCUGGGUUCAAGCAGCUCCCGCUGGACCCGGAAAUCAUGAAGCGUGCACGGGAGAAGGUGAAGUGCUACCACAAGAAUUUCAUCAUCGACGAGGACAACAGGUGGUUACUACAAGGAUGGAAGGGGCGUAUCCUGUACGCGCUCUCAACAUGGAAGGCGAAUCCCCAAUCUUCCUAGAUUCUGUAAAUGGUGACCUGUUCAUAUUUUUGGACUCUAGAGCUGAUUGUUCCUGGCCAACAACCUAUUAGUAGGUAAAAUGCUAUUUGAACCGGCACCAAAGAAACAAACACAUUUGUUCACCGGUGACAUGGUUCAUUUGUUUGUUGAUGCAGAUGAUGAACCUGAUUACUCUCCUGUAGCAUCUGCCUGUUGUAUGUGCUGCCCAUGCACGGUUAGUUUUCACAGGAACAGUUAGCAUUUUUGAUGGAGCAGGCUACUUAUGUUAGAUGUAGCAUAUAGGUUCUUCUUGCAUGGUCAGUCGUGUAUUAUAUUCGUUCUUCCAGAGUACUAUUCAGUAAUGUUUCAAGGAAUGUCUCAGCCAGUAACGGUCAGCCUUUUUCAUUUGCUUGAUUCAAAUUGUAAAUACGCCUUGUCUUGAUUUCCAUUAUGUAAAGAAUGCCUCUUUGCAUUGCAAGGUCAUGCACUCAUA